AUGUCUACUGAAGAUAAGCAGGUUUGUGAGGCAGUAGUUGAAAGGAAAGGGAUAGGACAGGAAGACAGAGAUGAUUCAGGAAUCAGUGAUUAUGGAUUGUCAUUAGAUAGCCCAUUAGCACACUCAACUAGUUAUCCCGAGAAACCGGGACAAACGACGAGAGAUAAGCCAGUUUCAGAGGGUGCAGAUAUACGGUCGAUGUUGGCAGCCUUGCUAAAAGAAAAUAACGCAUCAUUAGAGAAAAGUUUACAAGAAAAUAACGCGUUACUAAAGGAAGAUUUACGAGAAUCAUUAGAGAAAGGUUUACAAGAAACAAGAGAAUCACUAAAGGGUUUACAAGAAAAUAACACAUCAUUAGAGAAGGGUUUACAAGAAACUAGAGAUAGCUUAGAAAAGUCAUUUAAGGAAACUCUAACACAAGAGCUCAAAACAUCGGAAAGGAAGAUAGAAUAUAAUCUGAAGAAGGAAAUACAGGAAUUAGAAGAACGACUGAAGAUGGACAUCAACGAGAGAGAGAGUAAGCUACAGAAGAAUAUAGACCAAGUCCAGGGAGACGUGGAGAAGAUGGAAGGAAAGUUAACAAAAAAGAUAGAUGACGAUAUUGAAGAAACGAGAGCCGAAUUGGGGGAAAGAAUCAACGAAGUGGAAACAAAUUGCAAUCAUCGAAUCGCCGAGGUGACGCAGAUGCAGAAACAAUGCAAUGAUGCGGUUAAGGGGAUAGGAGAUAGGCAAAACCAACUGGCUGUCAAUCUGAGAAAUGCUAUAGCCAUGCAACGAGAAGAGGAUAACAAGAGGGUUGCAAUGGAGGUCAGACAAUUACAACAGGGAGUGCAGCAAUUGGAGAGCAAGACAGAAAAAUUGAUAAACGAAUUAGCAAUGCCACCUUAA